AUGAAUAUUUUUAUGAGGCGCCUUGCACCAGAGAUGGGCCAGGACCAAACCAAGCAGCAGAUAGAGAAGGGCCUGAGGUUGUAUCAGUCCAAUCAGACAGACAAAGCCCUGCAUGUCUGGACAAAAGUGCUGGAGAAGACCUCAGAUCCUGGAGGGAAGUUUCGGGUGUUGGGGUGCCUGAUCACAGCUCACUCAGAAAUGGGAAAAUAUAAAGAUAUGCUCAAGUACGCUCUAGAUCAAAUCGACACAGCCAGAGAAAUGGAGGACCCAGACUACCUGACGGAGGGCUACCUGAACUUGGCGCGCAGCAACGAGAAGCUGUGCGACUUCCAGAAAACUGUGUCCUAUUGUAAGACCUGCUUAAACAUGCAGGGAACCACUGUCAGCCUGCAGCUCAACGGCCAGGUAUGUCUUAGCAUGGGCAAUGCCUUCCUGGGCCUCAGUGUCUUCCAGAAAGCUUUGGAGAGCUACGAGAAGGCCCUUCGCUACGCACACAACAACGAUGACAAGAUGCUGGAGUGCAGAGUCUGCUGCAGUCUGGGAAACAUCUAUGUCCACCUUAAGGACUAUGAGAAAGCCCUGUUCUUUCCCUGCAAAGCAGCUGAGCUGGUCAAUGACUACGGCAAGGGUUGGAGCCUCAAGUAUCGAGCCAUGAGCCAGUACCACAUGUCUGUCGCCUACAGGAAACUGGAGCGCCUGCCAGACGCCAUGGAGUGCUGUGAGGAAUCUAUGAAGAUUGCUCUGCAGCACGGUGACCGUCCUCUGCAGGCUCUGUGCUUACUAAACUUUGCAGACAUACACCGCUGCAGGCGUGACGCUGAUAAAGCAUUCCCUCGCUACGAGUCUGCACUGGGUAUCAUGACUGAGAUCGGAAACCGUCUCGGACAAUCACAAGUCUACCUGGGAGUUGCAAAGUGUUGGCUUCUGCAGAAAGAAUUUGACAAGGCUCUUGAUUCUUUGCAGCGAGCACAGGAAUUGGCAGAUGGGAUGGGAAACAAGCUGUGUACGCUAAAGGUGCACUGCCUGAGUGAAGGGAUUUAUCGGAGCCGGGGGCAGCAGGAGGAGCUCAGAGAGCAGGUGGUGAAGUUCCUGCAGUGUGUCGAGGAGCUGGAGCUCUACUGCGGCAUGUGUGGAGAGUCCAUCGGGGACAGGGACCAAAAACUGCAGGCCUUACCCUGUUCCCACAUUUUCCAUCUCAAGUGUCUGCAGACAAACGGGACAAAGGGUUGUCCUAAAUGUUUCAAGUCCUCAAUGAAACCUGGAUUUGUGUGAUUGUGAGACUGUGUUUGUGCGUUGGAUCCGCAGACACAGCGUGAAGCCUCCCAGGCUCCUGACUGAUCUGAGAGAAGCAGGCAGCCUCGGGAUGUGCUGAAGAUGUUUGAGGAGUAAUAAUUCACUGCUCUGUGAAGAGGAUGCUGAACCGAACCCAGAGUGUGGCUCUGAGGACACAUUCAAGGCAUCCAUCUUAUUAACAGACAUCAGUCUGUGAGUUACAGCUGGCUGAGGAGGUAUAAACGACAGUGUUACAUUUUAAUUCAAGCUGCAGAAGAAAGAGCCUAUAUUGUCUCUGAUGACUGGACUUUUUGUUGCAGAAUUUAAAUCUAGAGGAAUAUGGACCGUCCAAAGAGCAUUUAUAACUUGUCAUUGCUAUUUCAUGCAUUAGAAUUGUUUUUCGUAAAUCAAGAUGAAAUGAUCUUCAGUGAUCUGAGUCGCAGGGUUUGUUGUUCAUAGUCUGAUUACCUUUUACACAACAUCCACUUUUUCUUUUAUCAACAAUUUUUUUUUAUCAGAACACAGAGCCAUUUCUGAAUUUAACUAAUUUCAUACAUGGUAUAUUUAUUAUUGUAUUCAUGUACAUUCUAUUCUCAUGUUAAUUUGUUUAAAAGGUUUGAUUUAUUUGAGGUGUUUUGUAAAACCUAAAAUGCGCUAAAAUCUCUUAACCAUUCAAAAACUAGUAUGUCUUUACAGAACAGGUUCAUGCAGCUGUUUCUUUCCUUAUUCACUGAGAUUAAGGAGCCGGAUCAACACACAUUGUGUUCAUAGAAAUUCCUUUUCUGUCCAUGUUUUACUCUUAAGUCUGACAUCAACGUAUUGUUGCAAUUUAAGGACAAAUAUCGUUGAGAAGGAAACCUAUUGGGAAAGGAUCUUCUUUGACCAAUUACACACUUGUCAGAUAACUAUUUAGAGGAGAUACAGUAUGUUUUAAUGUAGUGUUUUCAUUUGUAGUCAUGUAAAUAUUGAUUGGUAAAAUGUCAGUAGUCAGAUUGAGAUCAUUUACUUGCAGAGGCAUUGUAAGGUGGUUUUAGGGAGAAAGCCAAAAAAAACUAUCACUUCAGUUAAUGUUGCAUGUAUUUACAAUGCCAAGCAGCACAGGAUUACAUCAAAUGAUGUAUCCAUGUAACUUUAUUUACUUAUUUCGGAAUUGUUUAUUAUAGUAUUUCUUAAUAUUCAGUGGCUUUUAUCAUUCAUAUUCCUUAUAUAUUUGUUCAAUUUAUUUGAGAUAUAUUGUGAUUUGGGACAAAAAAAAAAAGCCAUGUCAAAUAAAAAUCAUUGUGGCUGAAACAAGGUUUUUUAUAUACAGUCGGUUUUCCUCAAACUGUAAACGCUUACUAAAUUUUAGUAAGACUAGUUGCAGUGUACAAAAGUACUCUUUUAAAAAACCUUGAUGUGAAACACAUAAGUUCAAUCAUAUGGUGAAAACAGGAUAAAUUGUUGGUGCUGCGGGGACAAAAUCAUUUCUUUAUUAACCCUUUUUGAAACAUUCAUAAUGAAAGCAAACUUAUAUAACCGAACUUGAGGAAUAAACACAAUACUGCAGCUUUAAAACAUGAAGUAUUUUGUACUCUCUCUAUACAACGUGAGUAGGUUGACAGCAUGAGAAGAGAGACCAACACAUUUACUUUUACUGCACAAGCACUUAUGUUUCUCACACAUCACUGCUGGACCUCACUUUCUGAACAGCGCCUGGUUCUUGUUUGAGGUCCCUGCAUCGAAUAUAAUGUUGAUUCACUGUCUGUUUACCUGUAGUACAGCCAAUGUCAAACUCUUGUAAAGCAUGGACAUUGUCUAUACUUUUUAUUCUUGGUUCUGGGGUAUAAAUAAGAUCAUCAUUCAUCUUUAACUACCUCUGUUUUUGCCUCUAAGCUUUGCCCUCAGAGGAUUAAUGCAGCAAUAACACAACAUUUAACUACAUGUAGAAUUAUGUUUUUCUAGACAUCAUGUUGAUACAAUCAUGGUUUAAUGUCUGACUAAAAUGCAUUGUUAAUAUAUUUAUGCAUUGAGUCAAACCAUGUUACUUUGUUGAAUAUGGAAAAUAAAGUGCACCGAAAGUGAA